AGAAGAGAAAACCAAAGCACUCGAUCAAAAUUAAUACAAAUAUGCCAAAGUUCAAACCUUUCCCCCACAACUUCCCUUCAUGUCCACACUGCCUCUUCUCCUUCUUCUUCUUCCUCCUCUAAUCCAAAUAUGCAGCUGAACCGCCUCUGUUUUCUUCUACCAGCGGACUUCGAUGAAGUCCAGCCACUUGAUCGUGAAGAUCACCUUCAAAAGCCCAACGACAACAAACAACAAAACGAACAUAGUCGAGAUUGUUGGUCUCAAUUUCAAGCCUUUCUUAGAGAUUCCCUCUUCAAACUCCACAACCUCAAAUGGGUUAAUUCUUGUUGCUACGGCGGACCCAGAAAGCCGCCGCCGUCUGAUUUUCACGACACCGACGGGGUACAGCUUUCUGAGAAAGUCUGCGGCGACAACCCCAGAAUCUUCAGUUUUGCAGAGCUCUAUAUUGGGACAAAAGGAUUCAGUGAAGAGGAAAUUCUCGGCAGUGGUGGAUUUGGGAGGGUUUACAGAGCAUAUUUGCCUAGUGAUGGAACUGUGGUGGCUGUGAAAUGUUUGGCUGAAAAAGGGGAGAAGUUUGAGAAGACUUUUGUGGCGGAGCUGGUGGCGGUAGCCCAUCUCCGACACCGGAAUCUUGUCCGACUCCGUGGUUGGUGUGUUCAUGAAGACCAAUUGUUUCUUGUUUAUGAUUAUAUGCCCAACCGAAGCUUAGACAGAGCACUUUUCCGGCGGACAGAGAACGGCGGGACGAACCUGAGUUGGAAACAGAGAGUGAAGAUUGUGAGUGGUCUAGCUGCUGCUCUGUUCUAUCUUCAUGAGCAAUUAGAGACUCAAAUCAUUCAUAGAGAUGUUAAAACUAGCAACGUGAUGCUUGAUUCCAAUUACAAUGCUAGGCUUGGUGAUUUUGGGUUGGCAAGGUGGUUGGAGCAUGAACUUGAGUACCAAAACAGGGUACCUUCGAUGGGUCACCACCAGUUCCGACUGGUGGAAACGACCAAAAUUGGCGGCACAAUUGGGUAUCUCCCACCGGAGAGUUUUCAGAGAAGAAGCAUUGCCACUGCAAAAUCUGAUGUUUUCAGCUUUGGUAUUGUGGUUCUUGAGGUGGUUUCUGGUCGGCGGGCGGUGGACCUUACAUGUCCUGAUGAUCAGAUUGUGUUGCUUGAUUGGAUUCGAAAGCUCUCCGACGAUGGUACACCGCUGCUUUCCGGUGAUAACCGGCUGCCAGAUGGCUCUUAUAGUCUGAUUGAAAUGGAGCGUUUGAUCCAUUUGGGUCUCCUUUGUACACUCCAAAGCCCACAGUAUAGACCAAGUAUGAAAUGGGUUGUGGAAGCACUUUCAGGUGGUAUGAUGGGGAAUUUGCCAGCUCUUCCAUCGUUUCAGUCUCAUCCUCAGUACAUUUCUCUGUCUUCCCCUACCAAUGACAGCACUACCAGAAGCACUAGCAGUAGUAGAACCACAGCAACAAGAUCAGACACAACAACAAUCACAGUUAGUUCCUCAGGUUUCAUUUCAGCCAGUGGAGAAACCAUAUAUAUGACUGCUGAGAAUGGGAACAAUUACACCAACUCUUCUGAUAGGUUUCUUGACAGAUCAAAAACUAUUCAAAUGAUUGAAACCCCAAGAGUAAUAUCAUUCAAGGAGAUCAUUUCAGCCACCAAUAACUUCUCCGACUCGCAGCGGGUGGCGGAGCUCGAUUUCGGAACUGCCUACCAUGGCUUCCUUGACAGCAGCCACCACGUUCUAGUAAAGCGGCUUGGAAUGAAGACUUGCCCUGCUUUGCGGGAAAGAUUCUCAAAUGAACUCCAAAACUUGGGCCGGCUUCGCCACAGAAACUUGAUACAGCUUCGUGGGUGGUGCACAGAGCAAGGGGAGAUGCUUGUGGUUUAUGAUUAUUCAGCAGAUCGUCUCUUGAGCCACCUGCUCUUCCACCAUGACAAUAGAGCCUUGCAAUGGUGUCAUAGAUACAACAUUAUCAAAUCUCUGGCUUCUGCAAUUCUUUAUCUUCAUGAGGAAUGGGAUGAACAAGUCAUCCACAGAAACAUCACCUCAUCGGCUGUCAUUCUUGAUCUUGAUCUUAAUCCAAGGCUGAGUUCUUUCGCUCUUGCAGAAUUCCUAACAAGAAAUGAGCACGGCAAUCAUCAUGUAACCAUAGAUAAAAACAAAUCAGUUCGUGGGAUUUUCGGGUACAUGUCACCAGAGUAUUUAGACUCUGGGGAUGCGGUGGCGACAGCUGAUAUAUACAGCUUUGGUGUUGUGGUGCUAGAGGUGAUUACCGGACAAAUGGCGGUCGAUUUUCGACGGCCAGAGGUAUUGCUGGUGAGAAAAGUUCAUGAAUUCCACGCCCGGAAAAGACCUCUGGAAGAACUUAUUGACAUAAGGCUGAAUGGAGAAUACAACCACAAAGAACUGAUGAGACUGUUGAGAUUAGGAAUCGCAUGUACUCACUCAAGCCCAGAUCUAAGACCAAAAAUGAGGCAGAUAGUUAAAAUAUUAGAUGGAGAUGACCAAUGCUUCACUAAAGAAGAAAAAAUGGAGAGCUUAGAAGGUUGGAAACAGAGAAAUGCAACUUCUUUAUCACUAGUUAAAAGGAUUCAAGCUCUAGGAAUUCAGUGAAAAACCAAAGUGACUCCAACAAUCGAGGCACAAGAUGAGUAUUUCAUUUUGAUGGUUAAGAGUCUCUCUCUCUCAUUCUGUAGGCUUCGUUCUUUCUCUUUCCCCUUUGAUCUCUAUACAUAGUCUUUGUUAAUAUUGUGUAAUAUAUAUAACAGAGAAGUAUGGCUUUCGGAUGUUUAAUUCUCGGUAACAAGAUAGUAGUCACCUGUAUUCUUGUUGGAUUUCCACAGCCUUAGACCAAUAGCAUUUUUUCAAUCUAAUCUAAUCAUUGAAGUGCAAUAAAAGGCAAAGAAUAUCCAUAAUUGAUGGUAAA